CGGUGAAACAGGGCCCUGGAACGUAGUUCGGAGGAGGUAUCAGCUGUUUGUGGAAAGAAAAUAUUUGCAAUCCUGGCGCAUUUCACCCAAGCUCAUGUCUAACAUAGUAGACCAAAAAUGAAAUAUGUAAUAAAAUUUGUUUGAAUAUUGGCUAAGUUGCCUAAUUUCAUCCGAUAAUUACGCACGCCAAUAACUAGGCAGCACGGCGCACCUAUUUUGUAUCUGCCGCGCCAUUUGUGUCGUCCAUAGUCUCCUCAGAAAAACACCCUUUCAUUUCGGAUCAGGUUAGAGGAGGUUUGAGGCGAGUUUCAGAGGAGCUUUGAGGAGGUUGGAGGAGCCACUGGAACGAUUUCAUGAGCUUUGAGGAGCUUUGAGGAGACCUGAAAUGUCGAAGGCUAAGAAACGAGUUGAAGGGGAAGAGCCUGAUAUUUCCAAGGCUUUAACCCCUCCUAAAAAGCCCAAGCCUAUCAGCAAGAAUCCCACAGGACAGGCUAAGCAGUCUUCUGCACGAAGAAAGCUGUUGGCCAACGUACAAGAGAAAGCAGUACCAAAGCCUGUCACCAAUGAGGACAUCUCAUCCAACUGGAAAUCAUUCUUACAGGCGGCGAAGGCGGCCGGUCCUGCGCCGGAGCCGCCGGCCGCCCGGCGGCGGCCGCGCGGUCUGGCCAAGCGCGGCUGCUCGUGCCCGCCACCGGUGUGGUUUGACGGCGUGGACCCGUCGCUGCUGCGUGACGACCGGCCGCCGUGCGACUUCUGCCAGAAACAGCGGCAGAGGGAGCAGAAACAGCGCGACAAGGAGCAGCAGCGAGAACAGGGGGAGCGAGACGAGGCCAGCCAACUGGCCAGCGCCAAAACGCCGCUUCCGUCGCGGUACCUGGCGAUGGACUGCGAGAUGGUCGGCGUCGGUCAGAGUGGCCAGGAGAACAUGUUAGCCAGGGUCUCCAUCGUCAACUCGCUCUGCCAGCCCGUCUACGAUAAGUUCGUCAAGCCCAAGGAGAAGGUGACCGACUACCGCACGUUCGUCUCCGGCGUCCGCCCUAAGGACCUCGUCAAGGGUGAGGAGUUUGAGGUGGUGCAGCGGGAGGUAGCGGCGCUGCUCAAAGGCCGCGUGCUGGUCGGUCACGCCGUCUACAACGACCUCAAAGUGCUGAUGCUCAGCCACCCCAAGAAGCACACCCGGGACACGGCCAGCUACAAGCCCUUCCGGAAAAUGUUCAACGGCGGCAUACCCAGCCUGAAGAACCUCUCGAUGAAGGUGCUGGCGGUCGACAUUCAGAAGGGGGAGCACGACUCUGUGCAGGACGCGCGCGCCACCAUGCAGAUUUACCAGACGCACCGUCGGGAGUGGGAGGCGGCCGUGGCGGAGCGGCAGCGUCGGAGACCUCCCGGAGCCACCCGGUGACCGGCGCCGGGGCCGUACCGGCAUCGGGGCAUUGUCAGGGGCGGGAUACCGGCAGGGACGCCGGUGACGACUGACCAAUGACCAUGGUGGAUUUGUUUCGCAUCGCUGAUGUCUCGCGUCGCGGUGGUAAACUGCCUUGGAAUCUGUGAGUUUUGUUGUGAGCGUUUGAUGAGUGACGUGAAGCUGUGUGACGAGAUGGUUCGCAGCCGGCGGAGGGUAUUUUGCGGUGAAGGCUGUGCAUGAAACGCCGGCUAAUGACGAGCCUCAAUGACGUCACGAUAAAGUCGGAGCUGGGUCUCAGUGACUUCCAGUGCUGAUCGUUUAUGCUGGUUAGCUACGUGGGAUGAUGCGGUUGUGACGACACGGAUGCGAUUGUGUAAUGUGUUCACUGUUCCCGUGUGCCGUUUGCUACAAGUCAGUGUUCGGCUUAUGCCUUUUGAAUCCCGAUACGCUAAUUAUGUCAUACCGGUCACAUUUGUUGGGUGACUUACCAGCUCUCCUUGAAAUACAAGGAUGUCUCCUUGGA